AUGUCUAUGGUUUGCACCCUGACACGGGCUUUAUACAUGGUAUAUGGCAAGUAUCCAUAUUUUUCUUUAUUGUCGAUAAUGUUCGAAAAACGUGCAAUUAUGGAUAAAAAAGAUAAAGUACAAUAUCUUAUCGUUGAUACAAGUGCUUUUUUAAGAAAUGCUGCUUUGCAGGAUAUUGGUGUAAAUAUUUUAACUGAAAAAGCUGUUGUUGAUGAAAUUACGAACAAAAGACAAUUAAGAAGAUUGGUUGUUUUACCUUAUGAUUUGAAGGUUCAAGAAGCUUUUACUGAAAAUAUUAAAUAUGUAACUGAAUUUUCUAAGAAAACUGGUGAUUAUACCAGUCUAUCUGCUACUGAUAUCAAAGUAAUUGCACUUACUUAUCAGUUGGAAAAAGAAAAAGUAGGGACAGAUCAUUUGAAAAAUAUUCCAACUACAAGAAUUAUUACAUCUACAGUAGACAAAGAGAAUGAAGAUAAUCUUAAACCACCAGUUGGUUUUUACAUACCAAAAGAAAAGGAAAGAACAGAAUUAAAUAUGGAUAAUAAGACAGAUGCUUCUCUACAUAAUACAGAAGAAACAAAUGUUAAAGAAAAUAUACAGAUUACAGAAAAUUUAGCAGUAAAUAACACAAUAAAUAAUGCAGAAAAUCAAAAUCAAUCUACUUCAUGUGUAUCUGAUGUAUGCAAUGAGUUUUUGGAUGAGUCGGAUUAUGAGACAGCAUCAGAAUCAGAAGAAUGGGAAAUCAAAGAUUUAUCUGAGAAAUUUGCUAAAUUGGCAUGUGAUCCAACAGAUUUAAAAAUUGAGGGUGAGAAUGAAGAUCUUGUGGAUGAUAUCCUUGCUCCAAUUGGUGAAAUAAACUUUAAAGAUCAACAAAACAAUGUGAAAUUAAUUAAGGAUGAAGAUUAUGAUAGUGAUGACAAUGAUAAUGAUAGUGAUGAUGAUGAUGAUGACGAUAGUUGGAUCACACCAAGUAAUCUCACCAACAUUAAGAAACAGAUGGAUUCGGCGGUACUUGAGGAAAAGGCUGCAACUGUAGCAUGCUUAACAAUGGAUUUUGCAAUGCAAAAUGUACUCAUGCAAAUAGGACUAAAUGUGGCUACAUUAGAUGGUAGAAUGAUUAAACAAAUGCGAACAUUUAUAUUCCGAUGCUAUGCCUGCUUUAGAACUACCAGUAUCAUGACAAAAAUAUUUUGCCCUCAUUGUGGUAACAAAACUUUGAAAAAAGUAGAGGUUACAUUAGGCGAGAAUGGAGAACAACAAAUACACAUAAAUUUCCGAAGACCUCUCUCAGCUAAAGGAAAGAAGUUUUCCUUACCAAUGCCGAAAGGUGGAAAGCACUCCAACAACCCUAUCUUAUGUGAAGAUCAACCGAUGCCAGAUCAACGUCCAACGCGUUUAGCACGUACCAAGAAUAAUCCGCUCGAGGAUGAUUAUAUAGCUGGAUUUUCUCCAUUUAUUGUGCGCGACGUAAACUCGAAGUCUGCUAUGUUGGGUAUAAGACCAUGUGGUGCUGUCAAAUAUUGGAUGAAAAGAAAUCCCAAUGAAUCCAGAAAGAAACGAAAAUAAAAUCAUUCAUUGUUAAAUCGAUCACUUAUUAUCUUAAUACUUAGGUACUUAUAGAAAACCCAGGGAAAAACCACAACAAUUUAGAAGUUAAAAGUCGGGAAUGUCACUCUUCAUUUCACUCUCGUAUCUCUUUAACUCCAACGCAGCGAAUGUACCUGAGUGAUGCUUUCGAAUGCAUCCUAAUGGGAACCUUUGGUGAAGAGCUGCAAGGAGGUCGUUCAAAAAGAAUUUUAGUGCAGAAAAUGCACGUAAAAUUAAUAAAUAUAAAAAUCUGUUAUUUCAACAUGUUGAAAUUAAUGAACAGCUAGGAAACAUUCAAUAAAACUCAUAAAACGAUGAAAUUCAUUGUAAUAAAAAAUAUAACUUGUAUAUUUCUAUAAUUUAUGAUAAUAACAAGAGGUCUGUUUUCUAUUACUGAAUUGGCUGCAUUAGUUCUCUUUCAUCUUUCUUCCACCAAAUUUUAUCUAUAUGUCUCUUUUUAAAUUCUAAAAGUGUACAUUAGCAAUAGAAUACAGAUUUAUUUGUCACCAAACCGUUCCGCUUUUCCGCGCAAAUUGUGCUCCAUGUAAUAUAAAGAGAAAUAAAGUCGCGGAAAAAUCCAUUG